CUUUAUCAAUUCACCAUCUCGUAUGAAGCGGAAGUUCGAUGCCAUUUCCGGAAACCAUCGAUUUGCUGCUUUUGGAAAACGAGUUCCAUCUUCAGAAACUAACGAAGGAUAUAUGUUUGAUGAUAAGGAGUACAGUCGGGAUGGUGUCUGGCAUAAUUACCUACCAAUCCAAGCGAAGCAGAACUACCCAAUUUUUAACGAUGGUUUUGACAAGAGCCACUUCAGUAGAACAUCUGAUUCUGUUUUCAGUGACUCCAACAGCAGGGAUUUGACGUUUCCUUAUGACAAAAGAAAGUUUGAUUCCAUUUCUGGGAUUAGUUCAUUUGGAUCUUUUGGCAAAAGGGAAGAUGGUGAGAAGAGACGAUUUGAUUCUAUUUCCGGGAUUAGUUCAUUUGGAUCUUUUGGCAAAAGGAAAGAUGGUGAGAAGAGACGAUUUGAUUCAAUUUCUGGUUUAAGUUCAUUUGGUUCUUUUGGUAAAAGAAAAGACGAAGAAAAGAGGCGAUUUGAUUCCAUUUCCGGAUUAGGUUCGUUUGGUUCUUUUGGUAAAAGGGAAGACGGAGAGAAGAGACGAUUUGAUUCCAUUUCCGGAUUAAGUUCAUUUGGUUCUUUUGGUAAAAGGGAAGACGGGGAGAAGAGACGAUUUGAUUCCAUUUCCGGAUUAGGCUCAUUUGGUUCGUUUGGUAAAAGGGAAGACGGGGAAAAGAGACGAUUUGAUUCCAUUUCCGGAUUAAGUUCAUUUGGCUCGUUCGGUAAAAGGGAAGACGGGGAAAAGAGGAGAUUUGAUUCCAUUUCCGGAUUAGGUUCCUUUGGUUCUUUUGGUAAAAGGGAAGGCGGAGAAAAGAGAAGAUUUGAUUCUAUUACCGGGCUAAGUUCAUUUGGUUCGUUUGGUAAAAGGGAAGACGGAGAAAAGAUAAGAUUUGAUUCCAUUUCCGGAUUAAGUUCAUUUGGUUCGUUCGGUAAAAGGGAAGACGUGGAAAAGAGAAGAUUUGAUUCCAUAUCCGGAUUAAGUUCAUUUGGUUCUUUUGGUAAAAGGGAAGGUGGUGAAAAAAGAAGAUUUGAUUCCAUUUCCGGAUUAAGCACAUUUGGUUCUUUUGGUAAAAGAGAAGACGGGGAAAAGAGAAAAUUUGAUUCAAUUUCAGGAUUAAGUUCGUUUGGUUCUUUCGGUAAAAGGGAAGACGGGCAAAAGAGAAGAUUUGAUUCCAUUUCAGGAUUAAGUUCAUUUGGUUCGUUCGGUAAAAGGGAAGACGGGGAAAAGAGACGAUUUGAUUCCAUUUCCGGAUUAAGCUCAUUUGGUUCUUUUGGUAAAAGGGAAGACGGGGAAAAGAGACGAUUUGAUUCCAUUUCCGGAUUAAGUUCAUUUGGUUCGUUCGGUAAAAGGGAAGACGGGCAAAAGAGAAGAUUUGAUUCCAUUUCAGGAUUAAGUUCAUUUGGUUCGUUCGGUAAAAGGGAAGACGGGGAAAAGAGACGAUUUGAUUCCAUUUCCGGAUUAAGCUCAUUUGGUUCUUUUGGUAAAAGGGAAGACGGGGAAAAGAGACGAUUUGAUUCCAUUUCAGGAUUAAGUUCAUUUGGUUCUUUUGGCAAAAGAGAAGACGAGGUGAGGAAAAGGAGUACCUCUGUGCAUAAUGAUUCUUCCUCCUUCACAUUGAAUAAAGUGCAAAAUAAUGAAAAAGUAAAUCACGAAAACAUGCCUGACAAAAAUACAGAAGUUUCGGAUAAAGUCACAAAUUCAAGCAUUCAAAGAAAGCAAUCGAGAGCUAGAAGAUAUGCGGGUUCAGACAGUGCAGCGGAAGACAAUACACUAGAAAUGGACCAAGCAGAAACAACUGCAACAAAGGUGAAACGUAGUGCUCAAGAGGUGACUCCAUAUAUGUUAAGUAAGGACAUCAGCAACAACCAUGGUUCUCUGGUGAAGCGCAGUGUUGAUGGCGUCGAUACUGACCGGGAAUAUAACGACUUGAAUAAAAGACGGUUUGACAGAAUCAGUGGAGUGAGUAACUUCAGAUCAUUUGGUAAGCGGCAGGGUGGUGGUGAUGAAGAUGGUGGCAGCGAUCAUAAAUUCCUUAGUUUUCCUGUUAAUUCGAACAGAAAAUUAGAUCAAAUUGAGAGUGGAAAUGAUUUUGGGGUUUUUGAAAAGCCAGAUUUUAACCCUGAUGUAGAGAAGCUAGUGGCGCAAAUUGAUCUAAGUGGUCUCGCAGAUGUUAACAAAAGAAAGUUUGACCGUAUUGGAAGUGGUAUUAGUGGAUUUGGUUCAUUUGGUAAACGACCGUUUGACCGGAUAGCAGGGGCGGGUGUGUUUGGGGGAUUUGGAAAACGUCGCUUUGACAGGAUUGCAGGAGCUUCUUCGUUUGGUGGCUUUGGAAAACGUCGCUUUGACAGAAUAGCAGGAGCGUCUUCGUUUGGUGGCUUUGGAAAACGUCGCUUUGACAGAAUAGCAGGGGCGUCUUCGUUUGGUGGCUUUGGAAAACGUCGCUUUGAUAAGAUAGCAGGGGCAUCUUCGUUUGGUGGCUUUGGAAAACGUCACUUUGAUAGAAUCACAGACUCAUCAAGGUUUCAUAGCUUCGGCAGAAAAAGAAAUUCCAACACCCUGGAUCAACUUGAACCUCCCAGACUGGCGAGCAUCGUUGAAGGAAAUGAUUUUUCCGAUAGCAAUAAGAACAAUGUAGAUGGUAGUGCUGAUGACAUAUUGGCUUCAAAACGACGAUUUGAUUCAAUAGAACACAACAGUGAUUUUAGAAUUUUCGGGAAAAGAGAUUCUAUUCCUGACGAAGCUUCUGAUGAUUCAGCAGAAAUAACACCGCUGUAUUUGGAUUACUCCUUGAGUCCCACAGGAAAACUGACCCUGCAGAGCGGGUAUUACAAUCCACAGUUGGUGGAUACUGUCGAAAGAACGGCAAAGGAUAUUUUAGACGAUGCCUCCGAGUUUUCCGAACCCUUGUUUUCAAAACGUCACUUUGACUCAAUUGAUCAUCGAAGUAUGUUUCGACGCUUCGGUCGUUUAAGUAAUGCUCCUCGCUUGUUUUUACCUUCCUCGUCGAGCGAGGACAGAGACAACGACAGUGAUGAUGAGGAUAAUGACACAAGUUAUAAUAACAAUAAUAGCGACGAGAUAACUAUAAAUACUCAACAGGGUCGUGAAGAUAACAAUUUUCUAAGCCCGACAAUGUCUAGAGAACUAUUGCGAAGGAUAGCGUUACUUUUGAGCAGACUAUUUGGUGUGCACACAGGCAGCGGGUACUACCGAGAAUGA